UUUGAUUUGGCCAUUAAUUAUUGGCACCCUGAUGACUUACAGUUUGCUCUCUAUUUUUAUAUGGGGUGUUCAGCUAUACGUUAUGAAAGAGAGGUAGUAAAGCUACAAGAUGAGCUUAGAGGUGAAAGUUGAAGUUUUUCACAAUGAAAGAAUUACACCCUCCUUUUUAACUCCUCACCACCUUAAAAGUUUCAGCAUCUCAAUUUUGGAUCAGUUUUCUCCUUCAAUUCAUUUCCCCGUGAUUCUCUUCUAUCCCAACACUAAUGAUAUUCAUGAGGUCAAUAAUAUUGAUCAUCAAUGUCUGGUUGUUGAAAGAACCAAGCUUCUGAAAAGAUCACUGUCUGAAACUCUAUCUCGCUUCUACCCCUUUGCGGGAAGGAUCCAGGGUCAAGCUUUAGUCUGUUGCAAUGACAAGGGAGCUAUGUUUCUUGAAGCUCAAGUCAACUGUCCCAUGUCAAGGGCUCUGGACAAUCCCGAUCUUGGUUUUGUAAAAGAGUUGCUACCUAAUUUACAAUAUGCUGAAGGAGACUCUGGCCAUGAUCUGCUACUAGUCCAGGCCAAUUGCUUUGAAUGCGGUGGAAUAGCGAUCGGGUUCAACAUUUCACAUAAGAUCAUUGAUGCCUUCACACUUAGCACAUUCCUCAACAGUUGGUCUGCAACUUGCCAUGGUCUGCAACUUCCUCCGCAUCAAUAUGUUGGUGUAGCUUCUCGUUUCCCCGGACUGCAGUCGUUCAAGCCACAGCUACGAGUUCUGAAGAUUUCUACAGAAAGGUGUAUAACAAGGAGACUUCUGUUUGAAUCUUCAAAGAUCGAGUCUCUAAAGACCAAAGCUGCAAGUGCUGCCGUGCAAAACCCUACUCGAGUUGAAGUUGUGUCAGCACUGAUAUGGAAAUGUGCGAUGAAGGCAUCAACUUCAAACUCGGAUUCUGCUAGACCAUCAUCUUCUGCAUGGCUGCAAACUGUGAACAUGCGGAAAAUAUUGGCUCAACCUUCUGUGGAGAACUUGAUGGGGAACCUUUUGGGGUUCUUUCCAGCAAUAUCAAGGAAAGAGGAAGGUGAGGUUGAUUUUCAAGGCUUGGUUGCUGCAAUGAGGAAGGGAUUCGAGGAACUUAAGGUGAAGUUUGGUACUGACGGUAUUGGGGUGGACGAUGUAAGUAGACACCUGCAAGAGUAUGGAGAAUUGUUGCAGAAGGAUGAUUUAGAGUGUUAUUGCUCUACCAGUUGGUGCAGGUUGCCAUUUCAUGAAACUAAUUUUGGAUGGGGGAAGCCAUUGAUUAGUUGUCCUGCAAUGGUAGAUCUCAAGAAUUUGACUACGUUGAUGGAUACCAGUGAUGGGAGUGGCAUAGCAGCGCGCGUGACUUUGAAAGAAGACGACAUGGCCAUAUUCGAAAACAAUGAAGAGCUGCUUGCAUAUGCUUCUGUAAAUCCCGGUGUCGUAUAGGACUACAGGCUACAACAAGAAGCCUCUCUUUUGUGCUUCUUAGAUGAUGUUUCAAACUUUCAAUUAUGUUUGUCUGUGACAUUACUUUAUGAAAUAAAUAUUUC